UCACAUCACCAUGGGAACACGUGGACUGGAUCAUUGGGUGGACAUUGUUGUUGUUGCUGUGUAUUUUGUUUUCGUCUUGUCUGUGGGCUUAUGGUCCAUGUGUACGUCAAACAGAGGCAGUGUGAGAGGAUACUUUCUGGCAGGUUCAAGUAUGUCGUGGUGGCCGGUGGGAGCAUCCAUCUUCUCGAGCAAUAUCGGCAGCGAGCAUUUCCUAGGUCUGGCGGGUACCGGCGCAGCGUCGGGGAUAGCUAUUGUCCUUUAUGAAUGGAACGCCAUUCCACUGGUGAUCCUGUUAGCUUGGGUUUUCCUACCCGUCUAUGUAUCCGCUGGGGUCUACACAUUGCCAGAGUAUCUUGGGAAGCGCUUUGGUGGAACACGUCUCCGAAUGUACCUGUCGGUGCUCACACUUGUUUUGUACAUAGUCACAAAAAUAGCCGUGAGUAUCUAUGCAGGUGCCCUCUUCAUUCAGCUGGCUCUGGGCUGGGAUAUGUACCUGGCUGUAGUCGCCUUACUCGCUAUCACUGGGCUUUUCACUGUACUGGGCGGACUGGCAGCAGUGAUUUACACGGAUACUUUCCAGACUGUCGUCAUGCUGGGCGGGGCCUUGGCGCUUACCGUUAUAAGCUUCAACAAAAUCGGCGGCUAUGAUAAUUUAGUUCGCAAGUAUGGUAGAGCAGUUGCUAACAUCACGAAUGGUAACGCUACGUGCGGGAUCCCACGAGACGACGCAUUUCACUUGUUCCGUGACCCAGUGACGUCAGAUAAUCCGUGGCCUGGACUGAUCAGCCAAUCAACGUUAGGUGUACUUUGGUACUUUUGCUGUGACCAGGUUAUUGUUCAGCGCUCACUAGCGGCGAAAAACCUCAGUCACGCCAAGGGCGGAUCACUCUUGGCUGGGAUGUUUAAAAUCCUUCCAAUGUUUAUAAUGAUUCUUCCUGGUAUGAUCAGCAGGGCGCUGUAUCCAGAUGAAGUCGCCUGUGUAAACCCGAAGGAAUGUAGCCGGAUCUGUAGCAAUCCUGUAGGAUGCUCCAAUAUCGCUUAUCCUAAACUUGUCCUAGAGCUCUUACCUGUAGGUAUUAGAGGAUUGCUCAUGGCAGUGAUGAUGUCUGCAAUUAUUACCUCCCUUACAUCAAUUUUCAAUAGCGCAAGCGCACUCUUUACGAUGGAUCUAUGGAGAAAAGUUAGGUCUUCAACAACUGAGCGGGAACUAUUGAUUGUUGGAAGAGUGUUUAUAGUAGUCCUGUGUGGCAUCAGCAUACUGUGGAUCCCUCUAGUGAAGAGCUCUCAGGGGGGACAACUCUUUAUCUAUUUGCAAGCUGUGCAAGCUUAUCUUGGUACACCUAUAGGGCCUGUUUUCAUCUGGGCGAUAUUGUGGAAAAGGAUGAACGAAAAGGCUGCGUUUUGGGGACUUAUCACUGGCCACACGUGCGGAAUUAUACGGAUGGUGUUGGACUUCGUAUAUCCAGCGCCUAACUGCGGAGAACCGGAUAUUCGACCGCCUCUCAUUAGUGGUGUUCAUUACACCUACUACGGAAUGCUACUCCUUGGCGUAACAUCGGUUAGCAUCGUGAUUAUCAGUCUGCUUACUAAGCCACAGGACAGUUGUGAGCUGGAAGGAUACACAUGGUGGACAUUACCGAUCGCACACCGUCCGGGUUGUGGGGAAACUGGUAAAGAAGCCAAAACUGAGGAUUCCAUUUCUGAAAAUAACGGUGAAGUACUUGCGGAUGAAUCAAACAGAAAGUACAAUCGAGAAGACACCUGUGGAAAAAGGUGGAUUGGGAUCAUAUGCGGACUUCCCAACUCCACUGUUCGAACAAGUAAAACUGAGCAUGAGUUGAAUAGAAUUGAUAAAUUCCUGUACGAGCGCCCCAGAACUCGCACGUUGCUGAAUGUUUUGGCUACAGUUUCAGUUGGUGCUUUGGCUUAUCUGUGGGGAUUUUUCCACUGA